UUAUGGUUUAUAGCCCCAGUUAUAAGAGAUAACUUCCUUGUUGCAUUCACGUGACCUGUAAGCACCAUCCUAAUAGAUUAAACACGCUUUAAAAAAAAACACAUUCAGUCCUUUGAAAAGAGGCAUAUUCUGACACGUUAGAUUAUAAAGACGGAUUCGUUUAUAGGGAAUGUAGUACAUAUCAAAACACUGUAUAAGCUUGCAGUUAAUUCUAUUAUAUAACAACGAGUGUCGGCAAGUCUAUAUAUGCAUUAACGAAUAUUUGAAUACGCGAGAUAAACAAAAAUUUCGCUUAUCAGGAUAAUGAGAAACUAGCUCCAUGAACAAUGUAGAUAAAUGAAUGGUCUAAAUGAUGAUGAGAGCAGUAGGGAGGUGGCGUGCAAUCGAAUUGGCUUUAUAGCCAGGACGAAUAUCUCCCAAGAUCAAAUUCGGACAGACAGUAUCCAGCCCGACCCCCCAAUGUCUCACGGGCGACUUUAUAGGAAGAUAAAUCCCGACUCGGCCAGGAAUAGACAUGGGAGAAAACAUUUUGGCGCGAAACUUCAGCCCAAAGAUACUUUAGAAGCAAUUUGCAGAGACUUUGAUGUACCAAUGUACAGCCGGUCAAGUGAAGGUUUCAGGACCAUGUCCUCAGAAUUCCCGCCAACCUAUGAACGCGCCAUGAGUGAUAACAGCGAAACACAUCCCAAAGAACUGCACAGCGCAUUAAUGUUACAGUCAUCCAAUUCUCUUGUAAAGACUCCAUUUGUGAGUGAUGCUCAGGAGAAGUGCAACAUUGUUGAAUACAGUUCUGGCUCAGGCUCUGACACAGACGAUGAAGAUUUUGUAGCUGUUGAUAAGCAGCACUUGUUACGGGAGAUUGAGACUCUGAAGAAGCAGCAGGAAGAGAUGAGGCGUCUGCAGGAAAUGCAUGACAAACGUCUGCAAGAAUUAUUGGAUAGAGAGCCGUAUGUAAAUCGAAGAUUGGAAACCAUACGACAGAGCACCAAACAGACUCAUCAUGUGGCCACUCGCCAGAAAUUGUUGUUUCACAAAGAGGGAGGAAUGAUGUUGGCCCAGGAACACAUCUACGUCCAGCUGGAGCAGCUGUAUGAAAACCUGCAUCGGAUGAACUACCCAACCAAAACAAUCCAGUCGGUGCUAGGCAACAACCCUCAAGACACUUACUGUGAUGCCAACUCUGUUACUGAGAUCAGCACAUUAAGACUGGAGAACAGCAUACUAAAGAAAAAGGUAGCUGAACUGGAAAAAUUAACCAAACCCAGUGCGCUGCCACGAAGAUGCCCCCCUCCACCUUGUAGCCGCGGACAUCUUCAGACUAGCCUGGGACAAAUACAGGCAAAGUCAAUGUCCAAUUUAUUGGACAUUGAUAAUAGUUCAAAAGAAAAAUUUGUUGCAGGUCGGCCCACCUCUCCUCCGCCACUGCCUCUGACUCCACAAGAAAUCAAGCCAGUGGAGGUGACUUUCAAAUGGACGAUAUCUGACUACUCAAAAAAAUUAAGCAAUGAGAAAAUCACUGGCCGCAAAGAAUGUUCAAGUCCCUUUUUCCUGUCUCAUUGUGGUUAUAGGUGUCAGCUAGAGGCAUAUCUAAAUGGCAAUGGAACAGCUAAGCACAAAUGUAUUUCUGUCUUCUUGCGGAUUAUCAAGGGUGACUAUGACCGGUAUCUAAAGUGGCCAGUCAACUUACACCUUGUGGUCAUACUGGUUAACCAGUCAGGAAACCAACAAGACUCUUUAAAGGCAGACGGCAACCAGUUUCAAUACCAAAAACCCUGUGGAGUGGCAGAAACUGAGUCAGACUGUUGGGGUCUGAUUGAAUUUGUCAGCCAUAAGUUGAUGCAGCAGAGAAGAUACAUCAAAGAUGACAGUAUCGUCCUUAAAUGCAGGAUCAUGAUUCUUCCAAUGUAGCCUGUUCUGAAGGAAUAGAAGAAAUGAGCUUGCAUCGCAGGAACGUGUUGAAAUUUCACUUUGGAAGCUCAACACUUUUUCUAAUGUAUUGCCAAGUAUAUUAAAAGGUUUGGUAGUAAAAUCUUCAAAAUCUGGCAUUCAUUUUACCAGUGUACCAGCAAGUAUAACUUGUUCAAGCAUCAUUGACUUUGGAAGUUUAUGAAAGACAGAUUAAAAUUUGAAAAAUUUUGAGAAUCUCGACUCUUAAUGUGAAUUUGAUAACGCUUUAAUGAGUGGCUUUUAUUAUUGGAAUUCAGAAUUGUGGCAUGCCUUUAAGCCCCAUGAAAUUGGGUGUAUUGACAAGGUGUUGAACUAUCAGCUCCUGUUUUCAAGUAAUAUGCUACUUAGAUCAGAUGGAUACCAAUUUAUUGAAAUUCUGUGCCAGUGGAGGCCUUUUAAUGCUGAAAAAUUUAGGAAAUGCUAUUAGCAUUAAAAAUGCUUCAGUAUCUGGUACAAAUGUACAUUAUUCAUGUUACUUUUGACCAGUUUUCGCUCCUUUUGUUCUCUGCAACAGUGCCUCUGGUGCUCGCUCCAAGGUUCCAGUAUUUAUUUCUAGUUUGCAAUCUCUUAGGUUGUACUAUAAAUAUGUCAGAGAUAAUCUGAGGGAGCUAUUUUCUCUGGCCCUUUUAAAGAGUUUUCUUCUCUUUUCUGUGACAUGUUUUUAUUAUGCAAGUUUCUUUUUUUUUUUUUUAAUAAGGUAAAAAAAUAUUUUUUCCCUAAGUUCAUAAAUCUUCUGCUCAAUGAUAGUUGUUAUAUUUAUUUAAAAAAAAUGAAAUAUAUUCUUCUUAUAAACAUUUUCUUUGCUAAUAGUGCUGGUUACUUAUGAAUAUUAUACCAAUGUCAUUAUUUCUUUAUUUAUCUUACAUAUUAACUCAGAAUAAGAUGUGGUAAUAUUUUCAGUAAUGAGACAGAUCUGCCAUUUUUGUAGCAGGUGGUAGAACAAAUAUUGUUGGGAAACAAAUAUUUAUUUGAACAGGUUGAACUCACUGCUUGAGUCAUAACUUCAUGUUUACAGCGAAUGUUGAAUGUAUUAUAGUGGACCAAGAUCCAUUGUACACGAUGUCACUUUUAGAAAUAUGGAGUGUGUAACCUUGGUUAAGCGCCAAUUUUUUUUUUUUAUUUUAAAAUAGGUUCCUCUUUGCAUCUCGCAAACCAUAUUCAUAUCAUAACAUGUCUUACUGGUGAACUUGUAAUAAUCUAAAUGAUAUUUUUUUUCAAAAUUUUAUCUGUGCUUAAUUGACAUAACAUAACAAUAAGAUUUAGAUUUUAAAAGUUCUUUAAAGCCUUUUAUUUUCAACAAUAGCUCACUGAAUGUAGGUGAAAGAUAUUGAAUUUGUAAUUUUUAACUAUUAUAUUCAGUAAUCCAACAAGAUGCAAGAUGAAAUUGUAUUUAGACAUAAUAGCAAUAUACAGUGAUGUAUGGUGACUUGUAUAUAUCUAUAUUGCUGUUAUUUGGUAUUUUCUUCUUGUUUUAUGGGAAGAAAAGUAAAGCAGAAAGAACAAUUAGAUUGUAGGGAUCUAAAAAUACAUGUUUAGUCCUACUCAAGAACUCAAGUCAUUUCAGGCUGCCUGCACUCUGGUCCUGAUUUUGAACCCUGCCCACAGUCAAUCCUGCAGGGGGAAUGUCCACUACUAUAACAAUUCAAAUCUAGUGUGUUGAUGUUUUGCUGUCACCAAACUGCUCAUGUUAUACAAUUAUUGUUUGUCUCAUCAGCUUUGACUCACACUUACUGGCGCUGGUUGUCAGUUUAUAUAUUCCACCAAAAUCUAACAAUAUAUCAUUUUGUAUAUGAUUCAGAUUGUCAACAUGAUGGUCCCGAGUUCAGACCCUGCCCCUGUUCAUCCACUGCCCCUCAUCAUUCCCUGUCCCUCGUCAUUACCCGCCCCUCGUCAUCCCCUGCUAUCCUACAGGUACCAUCUAUUUUGUAUACCAUGGGGGGAGGGGUAUAUGGGAGAAGAUUUCUGUGAUGCUUUUAAGUGCUCAGCAAACAAAUUCAGCAUGAGUUGGGAUUCAAACUCAAUCCCCUUGGUAGGUAGCCAGGUGGUUUUCGCCCUUCAGCCACAUAUGCCACAUAUGACAUCGUUAUUAGUUGUUAUUAGUUGCUUUGGCUUUAUCAUAAGCUUGAUUGUAUAUUCUCCAUUCAUCUACAUUCUACAUGUAUACUGCUGCUCAAUUCAUUUGGAUAUAUACUGGUGUUCAUUUUAUUUUGAUAUAUACCGGUGUUCAUUUCAUUUAGAUCUAUACUGGUGAUUGUAUGAGGGUAUUUUAUUGCUUACUAUUGUGUAAGAAACAAUCUUGAAUAAACAUAUCUCUAAAUUA